AUGGGCAGCGUCGACGCCCGUUUCAUCAUUGAGGCAAUGAAUGCAGGGGCCGAUGUGCUACGCUUGGCCAUAGGCAGAUUUCAACCUUCCGGGACUUUAAAAUAUCUUCCUUUGCGAUUCUUUCAAUUCUUCAGCCACGCGGGCGUAUUCCUACUCAAAGCGGCGGUGAUUGUCCCCUUACCGCCAUCGCAGAAAAGGGCGAUCCUUCACCUGAUCCGCGGUCUCAUCAGGUGUAUGUCUUUGGCUUCGUCGGAUCACAGACAUCCCGCCGUCCGCAACUCAUCUGCCCUCGACGGACUCUUGAGACGUAUAUAUCGCGACCAUGACAUCCAGACCCCUGCCGUCACCUGUCCGUCCUCACCUGGCAUUGAUUCCUCCGGUCCCAUCGCCAACGCGACGGAGUCUGCCACGGCCAUGAAGUCUCGUCCGAGCGAUUCCGACCUGCCCACCUUUCUUGGGAGCAGAGAAUCUCCAUUUGUCGCGGAGCGGCCGUUACAGGAACUCGCAGCCGACAUCGAUGCCAUCUUUGGCCUUGAUCCAGACAACCUGGACGUCACUUUACCGCUGACCACCGAAAAUAUUAGUCAUGAUCUUCCCACAAUCAUGCCUGUAUCUGACAUCUUUACGUCACUCUUCAAUUACGAUGAUAGGGAGUUUUGGGGAGGACUCACUCCGACGACCUUGGAUUAA